AUGAGUUCAUCUUUGUCGUGUAUGUUUCUUUUGAUUUGGAUUAUCUGUAUCACCUCUUUGAUAAUUGAAAAGGGCUUUGUGGAAGGCGGGAAAAGAAGGAAACAAUCCAAACAGUCGUGGCUGCCCUCGCUACCGACAACUCAUCACAAGGGCAUUGCAGGUCAGAGCACAUGUAAAACUGAGAGAGAUUGUUCUAAAGACGAAUGCUGCGCUCUCUUAAAGACGAAAGCUGUGAAAGUCUGCAAGAAGAUCAGUUUAUUUGGGGAGAUAUGCAAUCCAUAUGAAAUACCUGGCCUUCCCGAAAAUUGCCUCUGUCAACAAGGACUGACUUGCAUGCGAGCGACAGGAGAGGCUUUCAGAUGUCUGUAUAUAUCUGGCAGCCCACUUGAUCGAGAGAAUGACGGAGAGUAAUAAACGGCGAUAACAGUGUUCAUCAUCGGUCAUUGUGUAGUAGCUGGUUAUUUUAAAUGUAACAUUUCAUGUUUAAAGCUCUUUUGCUUAUACCUUGCUUCUGCUUGAUGUACAGGCGUGCCUAUUCCUUUAAGAGGUGGUGUAUUUUCUGAAAUUGACGUAUGUUUAAUGCUUCGAGGUCUUAGCUAGUCUCAGAGCUAUGGCUUUUGCUACUGUUGACAGUUACGAAAGCUGUCAGCCCUCUUUCUUGUACAACAUCAGGCGUUCUGCCGCAGGAUAGAACGUCGGAGUUAGAAAGUUCCG